AUGGGAAAUAAAGGUGGAAGUACUCUAGCAAAUAAAGCAUCAAGAUUUUUUCAAAAGAAUGAAGGAACACCUGGUCCAGGAACAUAUGAAGUAUUGCGUGCUAGUCAAUCAGCUACAACAACAGAACGCGAUAUUGUGAAGCUUGCGAGACAAAAUAUGCUCAAAUACACAAGAAAAUCGGUGGCUCCAUCCAUACCCGAUCCAAAAUUCGCCUACGGUUUUGAGGAGGAUGAUCGCGGUGCGUUGGUGCCUCAACAGCCACCUGUCAGAGAUGAAUCCAUGGGUCCAGCAUUUUACAAUCCUCCGAAUGCUAUGGAAAAUGAUGCAUCAAAAACGUAUCAUGGAAUACAUUUUAGUAAAUAUUCCAGUAAAAGAACAGAUUUCGCAGGGAAAACUGGUCCGGGACCUGGCGAGUAUGAUCCAAAUGACCCUGUCAAAUUAGAAAUUCAUCAUAUCAAUAUGAAAACAUGGGAUAAAAGACCGGAAUUGAAAAUCCCACGGUACCCGGAUAAUCUAUUGAAAUUAGCGGCAAAAGAGAGUAUACCAGGACCAGGUCGAUAUGAAAUUAAACGACAAUUAGACCCUGAAGCGCCAAAAGGAGACAUAAUUGGAUUAGAAUACGAACGACCACCAUUCGGAUCACAAACAAAACGUUUUGACAUGCCGCUGUCUGAUGUUCCCGGGCCAGCUACAUACUCUGAUAAAGUAUUAACGGCAUUCAAUUCUACAUUAUCCAAACCCACUAGUCUAAAACGUAAUCCAUUCAAUCAAACAUCAGUCAGAUUUGAUAAAGAUUAUAAAGCAAGAAGUGCACCAGGACCGGGACAAUAUCGUAUUGCUGGAUUUGCUGAUGAAAACUUGCGAAAAGCAGUCGUUGAAGGAGGCAAAAAACCUCCGUUUAACGUUGCAUCAAUGAGACGUUUUAAUUUAACCAAAAAAGAUGAAUUUUCUACACCAGGACCCGCCCAUUAUGAAAUCAAAACAAAGCCGUUUAAAUCAAAAAUAGAACAUCCGACAGCAAAUUUUGUAUCAUCGACUAAUCGUGAACCAGUGAUUGAGGACAUCCCUGGACCCACAGCGUAUGAUACAGCCAAAGCCUAUACAGCGUUAAUAUCACAUCAUCGUCGACCACCACGUUCAAAAAAUGCAAGAAAACGACAUACACAAUUUUUGGCUGCAUCAAAGCGAACAUUUCCAGGUGGAGAAGUUGAAGUACCAGGUCCUGGUGCUUACGAUGGUCUAGUAAAUGAACAUGUGAAAGGAUUUGCACCAAUGAGAGAUUCAAGAUUCAGAUAUAGCGUUCCAAAAUUACCCGGUCCUGCUGACUAUGAAUUAUCACCUCUCUUUCAAGAUACUGUAUUGCGUGGCACGUUUAAUGCCACCCUUAACAAUCCUAUUCUAGUUAAGUUGCAAACAAAAGCAAGUAAAGAAGAGGCUGCUGGUGGUAAUAGUAGCGUAAAAACUCAACCAAUGGGAGAGGUUACUGUUGGAGUGUAG